CAGGACCUAUUUGUAAACAUCAGCCAAUCCCACUCAAAACCCUAAUCCCCAAAUUCAAACCCUAAUCUCUAAAUCCCCAAAAUCUUCUUCCUGAAACUUCAAUUCUUCAACAUCAAUGGCUUCCAUAACAAAGCUCAGAUUCAUAACCAAACAAAACCCUCAAAACAUUCGCACAUUACACCCACUUCACCCUCGUCAUUUCUCAUCAAUUUUAAACCCUGAUUCCACCACUCCACUCUCCAGCAAGGAGAAAUCAAGAGCAGCCCUUUCUCUCCUCAAAUCGGAGAAAAACCCAGAAAGAAUAAUCGAAAUCUGUCGUGCAGCUUCACUCACACCCGAUACCCAUCUCGAUCGUGUUGCAUUUUCACUCGCUAUUUCGAAGCUUAAAGAGUUGAAUUACUAUGAGGGGAUCCGUAAUUUCAUUGAUGAGUUGUUUAAAACAAGACCCGAUUUGGUUACUGAGAAGUUUGUGGCGAAUGCGAUUGUUUAUUAUGGCCAAGCUGGGCUUUUGAAUAAUGCACUCCAACUGUUUGAUAAAAUGCCUCAACUGGGUUUGCGUCAGAAUGCGAGGGCGUUGAAUGCGUUGUUGUUUUCGUGUAUGUUGGCGAAGAAUUACGACGAGGUGAAGCGGGUGUAUCUUGAUUUUCCUGGGAAGUAUGGGGUGAAGGCGAAUGUGGAUACGUAUAAUACGGUGAUCAAGGCGUUUUGUGAGUCGGGUUCAGCGAGUUCGUGUUAUUCGGUGACGGCGGAGAUGGUUAGGAAGAAGUGUAAGCCAAAUGCGACGACGUUUGGGGUUAUGAUUGCGGGGUUUUAUAAGGAGGAGAAGUUUGAUGAUGUUGGGAGAGUGUUGGAGAUGAUGAAAAAACAUGAUGUGAGCGUCGGGCUUGGGACGUAUAAUAUUCGGAUUCAGAGUUUGUGUAAGUUGAAGAGGACUGUGGAGGCGAAAGCGUUACUUGAUGGGAUGCAGUCGAGGGGGAUGAAGCCGAAUUCGGUUACGUAUAGUCAUUUGAUUCACGGGUAUUGUAGAGAGGGGAAGUUGAAUGAGGCUAAGGAGUUGUUUAAGAAGAUGAAUAGUUACGGGUUUAAACCGGAAAGUGACUGUUACUUUACGUUGGUUCACUAUCUUUGUAAAAGUGGCGAUUUUGAAGCGGCGUUGGAAAUCUGCAAGAAAAGUAUGGAGAAAGAUUGGUUUCCUAAUUUUUCGACUAUGAAGUUACUUGUUGAAGGGCUUGCAAAUAGUUCGAAAGUUGAUGAAGCGAAAGAGCUUAUUGAAUCGAUGAAGAACAAGUUUCCGAAAAAGGCUGAUGUCUGGAGUGAAGUAGAAGAGAAAUUACCGAAAUAAAGCACACUCGAAAGCUGAAACAUACGCCAUAUGCUCUUUCAUGUUUGCAAUGUCGAAACGAACAUCACUAGGUCUGGUGAUACCUUUUUCCGAACGCAUAACAUUAAUAGUUGCUAAUUAGGUUUAUUGUUUUUCUUAUAUCGUUGCAUUUUUUGUUCAAGUAUUUACUUGUUUAAACUUUAAAUAGGCUUCAGUUACUUGCAGAGCAGCCUUGAACCGACGAGAUAAUUUUUGCCGGACUUGUGUUAUUUAAUAAUAGGGUUAGUUGUUAA